CCAGAGCCCUUGGAUCCCGAAGAAGAGGCGGGGUCUCUCCAACUGCCAAUUCCCUGGAAGACAAGGAGAGGUCGCACCAGUGUCCGCUCUGAGCUCAGGUGCCAUGUGGAGCCCCCCACCACCCUCCAAGUCCUGAGAUGCAGUGAAGCCUGCCUUCUACCAUCGUCCCCCAGAAUGGACCGCAGUGGCCUCCUGCCCUUCCAGCUAUGGUGCCCCCGGCCCUUCGGCACCUAUUCACAGAACCAGCCACGCCCGCCUUCUGCAACUCUCAAGCCAUCAGCCUGCCCUGAGCCUGGCAGCGGAGCAGAGCCUGACCAUGGGGCCACCCACUCCGAGAACACACCGCCAGCCUUGGCAACAGAGGCCCCCCCCUCCCAGCCUGCCCCACUCCUCUCGGCAUCAGCCGCAGGCGACGAGGGUCGAGUCCUGCUGGACACAUGGUAUGUCAUCAAGCCCGGAAAUACGAAGGAGAAGGUGGCCUUCUUUGUGGCCCACCAGUGUGGUGGGGGCAGUCGGGCCAGCUCCAUGAAGGUCAAGGGUCACUGGGGUAGUGACAGCUCCAAGGCCAAGCGGCGGAGGCGCUGUCUCGAGCCUACCAAGGCUCCUCCAGACCCCGGGGGCCGGGAGGGGCCCCCUUCUGCAGAGGCAGACCCCACCUCAGCCAGUGAGGAUGUGGACCUGCUGUCUGUGGCCGAGAUGGUAGCCUUGGUGGAACAGCGGGCUGCCCUGGCCCUGCAGAGCUACCCACGCCCUGCCACCCCGGCACCUGUGGUCUUUGUAUCAGCAGAGCAGGGUGGACCGGCCAAGGGGCUGGGGUCGGAUCGGCGGUCCACCGGUGGAGACUGCAGCCGUGUGGCCGAGGCAGUGGCCCACUUCGAGGCCCAGCGGGACAGCCCGCCCACCAAGGGCCUACGCAAGGAGGAGCGGCCUGGGCCAGGCCCGGGAGAGGUGCGCAUCGCCUUCCGCAUCUCCAAUGGCCGGGAGCCCCGUGCGCCUGACGGCAGCUUGCCCAAUGGAGGUGGGGGCCGGCCUGGUUGUGCCUACCCGGGCAGCCCAGGUCCUGGGGCUCGAGCCAAGGACAAGAUCACGUGUGACUUGUACCAGCUCAUCAGCCCCUCGCGAGAUGCCCUCCCCAGCAACGUGGAGUUCCUGCUGGCCAGGGCAGAUGAAGCCAGCGAGAGUGAGACCCCGGUCCCCACCAGGCCUGAGGAUACUCCCCCAGCACCCCCUCCACCACCUGCCCGAGACUGUGGAGCGUCAGGCUUCCACGUGGACGUGGUGGUGACGGGUGUGGUGGACGAGUGCAUCUUCUUCGGCAAAGAUGGCACCAAGAACGUGAAGGAAGAGACGGUGUGCUUGACGGUCACCCCUGAGGACCCCCCCCCACCGGGCCAGCUCUUUUUGCGCCGGUCCCCCCCCCGCGCCCCUCCGCCUGCCGACUCGCCAGCCACCGUGCCGGGCCCCGAGGAUGCUGAGGGGACCGUGGACACCUCCCUGUGCCGCCUGUACCGGCACGUGUCGCACGACUUCCUGGAGAUCCGCUUCAAGAUCCAGCGGCUGCUGGAGCCGCGACAGUACAUGCUGCUGCUGCCGGAGCACGUGCUGGUCAAGAUCUUCAGCUUCCUGCCCACGCGCGCCCUGGCAGCCCUCAAGUGCACCUGCAACCACUUCAAGGGCAUUAUCGAGGCGUUCGGCGUGCGCGCCACAGACUCACGCUGGAGCCGCGACCCGCUCUACCGCGAUGACCCUUGCAAGCAGUGCCGCAAGAGGUACGAGAAGGGCGACGUGUCGCUCUGCCGCUGGCACCCCAAGCCCUACCACCACGACCUGCCUUACGGACGCUCCUACUGGAUGUGCUGCCGCCGAGCCGACCGGGAGACGCCCGGCUGCCGCCUGGGCCUGCAUGACAACAACUGGGUGCUGCCCUGCAGUGGGUCGGGCGGGGGCCGGGCUGGCCGGGAGGAGGGCAGGUGAAGCCGGCGGAGGGGGGAGCCCACCGUGCCUGCCUCUCCCCCCUCCCCAGGGGCCCAGGGCCAGGACUGGGCCACCAGCUCCCUCCCCCAGUCCAGGCAUUGAUCCCCCGCCAAAAUGGAGCCAGGAGACAACCCAGACAGCACUCUGACCCCUACUGGUUUUGUACUCUGCAGACCCAGGGCCACAGACCCUCAAGUAGGGUGUUUUUUUUUUUGUUUUUUUUUUUCAUCAGCAUCUCAGUUUCUUCUCCAUUCAGCCCCCAUACCCUCCCUGCCACCUUCCACACCCCCGAGACCCACCAGCAGGGAGCAGACGGCAGCUAAUUUUGGUACCAUUUAAGGGUUCCCCCAUCUGGCCCAUUUUCCGUUCCCUCCCCCAGUUCUUUGUCUCUGGGGCUGUUUCCUCCCAGAGCGUCACCCCCAUGGCUGGUGGCUGGUACCUCUCCUGACCUACCGCACCAAGGCAUUGGGGCUGGCACAUCACAGGGCGAGUCUGGCACUUUGCAUAGCAGCCUGCCAUUUCUAGAUGUUUCCUCAUUAAAGAAAUAAAAGUCACUGUUUGCUCCUUAACCUCAAGCCACCGCUCUCUGCCCUUCCUCUAUCAAGGAAGAGGGAAAAGCCCCGAAGUGUAAAAUUUCCCUCUUCCCAUUAUUUAAGCUAUUGGCUCCCCUCCCCCAAUAAAGCUGUGAAGCCCUUUGCCUCGCUCUUGACAGCGCGGGGGGCCGGUGGGCAGAGAAUGUGGGUUUGAGUUUCUGGGUGGUUUUUCCUUCCACUCUGGUCACUUGGUUCAGGCAGUGGGGUGUCUUCACCCCCAGCGCAUAUGUUUCUUUAGACUCCUUUGGUCAACUGGGACUGGGAUUUUUCAGGCAGUUUGGGCUGCGGUGUUUUUGUUCAUUCUGUUUGGGGAGGGUUUUUUUUUGUUUUUCUGGUUUUUUUUUUUCCAUCAUGGUUCUGGAAGCUUCUAGUGUGUGGCAUCUGACCAAUUUUGAAUUGGUCCUUUCUAUAAAAUCACUAUUUAUAAGGCUGG